AUGAUGGAAGACGAGGAGGAUAACGAGCCGCUGCUGCCAACAGGUCAGCCAGAUAACCACCAUCCAUCACUUCUCCUUCCAACGACAGAACAGGAACAAUCGGUUCCCGAAGUUGCAACUUUCUACGAACAGGGAAAACGAUGGUUCCUUCCGUUUCGAUAUGCGAUGAAAGUCGCAGCAGCCAAUGUUUUCUGCUCCAUUUUGGUGUUGGUAUUGCUCCAUGUUCCCACGGAAUACAUUGCUGGACACUACAGUGGAAGGCAUGGCGAUCCAACCUGGGAAACCCAAUUUCAAAUUCGGGGCCAACUGAGUGUAGGUCUGGCAAUUUCCCUCUUUCAAAAUCUUUGGAACGCCAAUAUCUGUUGGAAUGGGGCAAAGGCACUCGAGAAGCGUGCUGAUAUUACUAUUACUGUCGCUUCCGGUAGUACUCAAGAUAAUAAUCGUCCAAGCAGUGGGGACGACGAGGAAACGAACUCGGAGGAAGAUCGAAGCCGGCAGGUAGACAUUAUGGAGGUUUCCAGACGAGUGGAUUCCAUGUUUGGAUGCAACCUUCAUCAAAGUGGUAGCAGGAGCUGGACGCCCCAAGCCACAUUCUUCGUCUGUCUACUUUACGCCUUGUGUUCACUUUCGACCUGGCAGUUUGUGGAAGGGAGUGCCGGGUUUCUCCUGCUGCACUUUGGAGUCGCCAAUCGAGAUUUAAUGUCCAAAGGAACCUGUUUUGUGAGCGCUCCCUUUCAAAGUGAUGACUUGCUAAUGCACGAAGAGGACGAUGAGAGCUCGCUUUGGGCGUUGGAAACAUUACCAGAAUUUGAAUCUUUACCGAGUGGAGUACAAAAGUGGAUUGCCAGCUUCUCUUGGCAGCAUAAUUGGGUCUCGGGUGAUGCUGAUUUCAAUCGGAGUUUGCCGUUUGUUCCUCUGGUAGAUGGAUCUGUGGUAUUCGCAAAGGCAGUGCCAGAUAUUUCUCGGUCCGGAAUGCUAGUAAUGCUAAAUUCAAAAGAAGACCCUCACUCUAGCAGUGUCGUCCUCUACUCAUCAAAUGCCCAUAUCCAAGAAUGGGCUCCAACAGCAAACUCCGAGGAAAAGUGCGGCUAUGUGUUUAAUGAUAUAACACAACCGCUUUUGUUUGGCUUUCCUUCCACGCCGCCGUACCACGCGUGGUGUACCAUCUUUCACAAAAACUCGCUUUGUCGCUUGCAGGACGAGGUCUUGUGUCAAAAUUCUGCUACAGGACAGGUGGGAAGAUUCAAAGCGUUGGACGACACCGAUUCCCGAAACAUUUAUGGAGGCGGUAGUGGCUGGGCAAAGAUUUAUGCCACUGAAAAUGAAUUAUGGGUUGCCACCUACAGCAGCAUUUCCAAAAAUAGACGAAGAAGAUCGAGUGGUGGCGGCGAUACGACGGUGACAACAUUGGUUUCUUCGUUCAAUAUCGAUUCCAUGACGACUGCAGUUGUACUUCGCAAAAGCACGACUAACGAAGACUACGAAGAACGCAACAAUGGUAGACGACAUCGAUCAUGUGUCAAUUUUGAUUGGAUUCGGACUACGGUAUCGCUGGUGUGCCUUGCAUUCCUAUCGUGGUACCUAUACAAGUUGGAGGUCCCAGCUUGCACUGUACCAGCCGUGACUGGAGUUGCUCUGCUCAUACAUGCUCUAUUCGACCCCAAUGCGGCGGGGCUAAUAUUGCUUUUUCUGGCUGGUGUAUGUUUACACGUCCUUGUGUCUACUAGCUCGAGAAAUGCUUGGAUACGGAAGUAUGCCUCUCACGAAAUGAUGGUUUGGGCUUUGUACUCUCUGCAAGUCUCAGCUAGCUGGUGGUUCUGGAGCCAAAUUAUGUAUCUUGACGAGUUGGAGUUUGACACUUUCAUUUCGGUACCAGUUGGGUCUAUCUUGCUUGCUGUUGCUACAGCAGUUCUGUUGAAUCAUCCAAUUUUGCAAAUCCUGGCUGUAGCUUUCAGCAGUUUCGGUUUUCUUGGCUUUUUCUUUGUGUUUGCGGGUUUAAAUUAUCUGUUGGUACCGCUCUUCUUGUUGUCGUUGGCACUGGGUCUUUUCAGAGGAGGAAGUCUGUUGCAAAUGUACCGGGUCCAAAUCAUUGUUUGCACCCGCAGGCUUUAUCUCUACUGCAAGAGACCAUGUCGCUCCAUUUCAAACCAACAGAUACGAUCGCGAUGA